GCGCGAGUCCUGGAAAGCGUUGUUGGCUCGGUUGCUCUGGAGCCGGGUCCGGGUCUGGUGGCUGCCCGCCCUCCAGCAGCUCGCGAUGGGGAGCACGGAGAGCAGCGAGGGCCGUAGGGUGUCCUUCGGAGUGGACGAGGAGGAGCGGGUCCGGGUGCUGCAGGGUGUCCGGCUGUCUGAAAACGUGGUGAACCGCAUGAAGGAGCCCAGCUCUCCACCCCCUGCUCCUGCACCUUCUACCUUGGGCCUUCAAGAUGGCAACUUGAGAGCCCCUCACAAAGAAUCCACACUGCCCAGAUUGGGGAGCAGUGGUGGCCAGCAGAUCUCAGGGGCAAAGGAGGAUGUCAAGAGGUGUGAACAGGAGCAUGCUGCUGUCCAGGAUAAGCUCUUCCAGGUGGCAAAGACGGAAAGAGAGGCUGCCACCAAGCACUCCAAGGCAUCCGUGCCCGUGGGUGAAGGCAGCAUCAGCCAUGAGGAGCAGAAGUCAGUCCGGCUGCAGGCCAGGGAGCUGGAGAGCAGAGAGGCAGAGCUAAGACGCCGUGACACCUUCUACAAGGAGCAGCUGGGGCGUAUUGAGAGGAAGAAUGCUGAGAUGUAUAAACUGUCUUCACAGCAAUUCCAUGAGGCAGCUUCGAAGAUGGAGAGCACAAUAAACCCUGACGCACCCACCCUGGAGCCGGAGCAUCCAAGCCUUGAGCCACUCCUGAGCAUGCUAGAAGCCUCCUGAAUGUAGAUGUUGGACAUGGUCUUCCACAGUCUGGGCCUGUCCGGUCGUGGCCAGGCAGGGUCCACUCUUCCAACACAUCUGGAAUCUUCAUUGGGUGCUACCUGGGCCCAGCUCGUCAGCCCCCAGGCCGAGCCUGGAUCUCCUUGAGUAAGGUGCUUUCCCUGCCUGCCAAGCAGGGAGAGGCAAGGGGAUAAACCCUGCGGAGGAGGAGAAGGGGGAGGAGGGACAAGGCAGGAGGCCACUGUGUGCCGGAGGGAGGCCCCUAAAGCCACGGGAGUGGCAGCCGCAGGAGGGGUCUCCGUUGUUUAUUCACCCUUUGUGUUCAUAUACUGAAGAUAGAGCAUGAGCAACACAGAGGGAAAAGCCCUGUCCUCUGAGCUUAGAGAUCAGUGGGGGAGACAGACCAGAUCAAAAACAGGUUCUAUAGGGUGGUACACAAUGCAGAAAAAGCAGAGGGGAUGGGACAGCCCGAAGCAGGCUGGGACAGGGGCUGCGGUUCCCUGCACUCCUCCUCUCCUCUCCCAGGAGAGACACCCACACACAGGUGAGCCAGCUCAUUGCCCUGGCCCUGGGACCAGCACCGCCCAAACUGGUUCUCCAUAAGGAAAAACACUUCCCCCUCAUGUGAUAUCCUGCCUCAUUAAAUUUAAUGGGCUGGUUAUUCCCGCUAAAUAAACAUCAACUAAUUAUGAAAAA